AUGGCAGGUCUCCUUGGAUCGCUCGAAAGAUUACAAUUGGAUUAUGUGGACAUUGUCCUGAUCGCGCGAGAUCCAGAUCGGAUAUGCACCAUAGAAGAAAUUGUACGAGCCUGCACCUUUGCUGUUCAACAGGGUUGGGCAUUUUACUGGGGAACUUCAAACUGGUCUCCCGACGAUAUCAUGGAAGCUCAUGCGGUAGCUCGUCUCUUCCAUCUUAUUCCUCCCUCUAUGGAAUGUCUUGAAUUCAAUCUUUUCCAGCGCGAAUUUCAUGAGAGUGGAUUACCUGAGAUCUGCUCGAAAUUAGGUUUGGGUUUGGUUUCUGGAGCUCCGCUUGCAAGAGGCUUACUCUCAGGAAAGUAUGAGGAAAGAAUUCCCCGAUAUUCUCGGGCGUCCCUUCAGAGUCAGAAGGAUUUUCGCGAACAUAUUCUCAGUAAGGAGGGGCAGGAUCAACUAGCUCAAGCUUCCCAACUAUCGAAAUUAGCAAAUCGCCUUGGAAUUUCUCUUCCUCAACUCGCAAUAGCCUGGUGCUUGAAAUCUAACCAAGUUAACAGUGUAAUACUAGGAGCAGCGACUGUUGAUCAGUUGCAGGAAAAUCUCGGAGCCUUAUCGGUAAGAGUUUACGGCUUGAUCUUCAUAAACCUUGCUUCAUAA